AUGCCAUCUGAUGAAGACACAAUAUAUUUAAAUGAAAAAUUGGCCUGUCAACAGGAACAAAUAUGUAAACUUAAAGAAAAACUUAUCACAUAUGACGAAGUUAAUGAUAAAAAAGAACAGUUAGAAAUUCAAUUAGAAAAAUUAAAAAAGUGGUUAGAAGAUAUGGAAGUUAAAGAUAAUCGAAUGAAAAGAAAUAUGAAAAGCGAUUUGGAGAUUCAAACGGAAAAGUUAAGAAAAGCUGAAGAUGUUGCAUUCGAGUUGCGAAUGGAAAAUAAAAAAUUACUAGACGUCAAUGAGUGUAUUGUUGAACAACUAAAUACGAUAAAAAAAAAUGAACAAAAAAUCCUUAUCGAGAUGGAUGACUUGAAAAUAUGUCAAAAUCGUAUCAAAGAUGAUUUGGCUUAUGCAAAAGUAAUGAUUAAGUGUACUUAACUAAUUUUAACUGUACAGUUUUGAUAUAACUAAUUUAUUCAUGUUCUCCUUCUACUUAAAAUAAUAAUAAAGUAAGAAAGGAAUACCUACAUAAGAGUAUUUAGGUAUUUGAUAGUCAAAUAGAUGCAUUAUAGAUAUAGGUAUGCUACCAUGUUCUACGGAUUUUUAUUUGGGAAACUUAAACAGCUCUCAUCUAUUGUUUGUUGGUUUCCAAACUCCUUCCGUUAAAAAAUAUUUCACGAAUACAUAAAUACCCAAAUGGCUCUGGUAUUCGACACCAAAAAGGGGGUCACGAAAUUUUAGUAGAGGAUUGCCAAUAAUUCGAAUAGGGACAAAUAGAUGAGACGUUUUUAUUUAUAGACUUAUAAUGUUAAUUAAGUGAAAUAUUUGAGUGAAAAAUAAAAAUUAAAUAUCAAUUUCCACAUUUAAUUUCAUUUUAAUUCUAGUUUAUUUUAUAAAACCAAUGAUGCAGGGUCGUGUCCAGGAUAUUGUUUUAGGGAUGGUUUUAAUUUUUUAAAUUGAGUACCAAAUUUACAACUACAUAAUUAAAAUAAGUAGCUAUAAAUCUGUAUAAGUGCAUAUACAUAAUAACCCGUAAUUUUUUUAUACAACUGUUAAAUAUUAUAAAUACAUUUUAAUAGUUAACCUUAUAAAACUAUAACUGUAAAUAAUAAAAUUAGCACGAAUAAAGUAUAAAAAAUAAUAAUUAAAAAAACCAUUUUUAGAAACUAAUAUUUUUCAUAGUUUAUACUAGUAUGUAUUACAUCCUGUUUGAAUAUUAAACAAAUUUUGAAAAUACUUUAUCUGGGUCUAUUAGUAUGUCAUUAUGAAUUGAUAGAAGAGCUAAUCCUGUGAGUCGAUUUUCACUGGUAGUUGAUCUUAACUAUGAUUUUGUGCGACGUAAACUUGAAAUAUGUUAUGGUGUUACAGUUGAUACUGGAAGGGUUUUCAAGAUUUCAAGCUUUGAGCGUAGCGAGGGAACUAUUGGUUUUACAAUGCUGUUUAUUUCUUUUUUAUUUUUCUUUAUUCUUUGUUCUAGUCUGUAAACACGUUUUGUCCUAGUAAACUUCCUCCUAUUUAUAAGUAUAGUAUUUUUUCUGAAAGCUUAAGUUGUCUAUAUUAUACUUCAAAAAUGUCAUUUUUUGCUUUUCGACGCCAUUUUUUAAAUAAAAGCACUCAAGUUCGAAAAACUUAGGAAAACGUACAGUUUUAAGAUUUCAUUAUUUUAUAAAAACACGGACGACGGUUAUAAAUAUACGUAGAGACUUGAAACUUGGUUAUAGAACUUAUAUUAAACUUACCUAGAUGUAGUAAAAUUUUCAAAAUCAUCGGACGACUUUUUUAAAUUUUUUUUUACAAUCGUACUUUAUUUUUUUUUUAUACUGAAACCACUUUUAUCCUAGAAAACUUGCUCUGAUGUAUAAGUAUAACCUUUUCUGAAAACUACUACUAACUACUAUUUAGUAACCACAUAGAUUAUUUCUUGAUUUUCGAAACGGUAUUUAAAAUAAAAAUGAUUAAUCGGGGAAAAAAAUACAAUUUUUUCACGAUUUCGUUAUUUUAAAUUAGUUUUCUAGCACAAAUAUGGCUUCAAUGGAAAAACGACAAGAGACCUUUUUUGUUGAACUAUUAAUCUUGUUUUUAAUGAUGCAGUUCGUUUUUUUUUUUUUUAAUAAGCGUUUUUAAGUCAAAUUUAAACGAAAAUCGCAAAAAAAAUUAUGGCUCUUCAAUUUAUGUAUUACCGAACUAUUUUUUGUAAAACUAUUUUGUACCCUCGGUGGUCGUAUGAUGCUGGCCGAUGCGACACAGACAAGGCUUGUGUAAUAUCUUUUUUUUUGCGAUUAGUUACACAAUAAGUUUUAUUGAAUUUAUUAAAAAAAUUAAAUGGCUUGGAGUUUGAAUUGUAUGUCAAAUUUUAUCAGUAAUUUUAUUUAAUCUCACAAUAAUAAGUUCUUCAAAUAGAUACAAGGUAUGGCUAUUAAAUAACGAGACUGCUCGCCUAAAGGGCGUCCUAGAUAGGCAGUGAAAAAAUCGAGUAAUGCGUUGAGUAUCUAGAUAUCUUAUCUAUGCACGUACCAAAACACGUUUUCGUCAUUAUUAUAGUAUUUGUGCAGUAGUGGUUUGAAACGAACGUGUUUUUNAAAAGAGGCCUAUAGUGAGGAUUUCCUAUCUCGGGCGUGUGUUUUUGAGUGGCAUAAAUUAUUUUCUGAAGGUCGAGAAUGCACCGGAAUCCAAUUCAGUCGUAAUCCAAAUUCAAAACCGUUUUCUUCGAUAUCAACGACAUCGUGAUGACUGAAUGGGUUCCAGAGGGUCAAACUGUAAACCAACAUUACUAUUUGACAGUUUUGGUAACAUUGCGCUAAUCAGUUCGUAAGAAACGGUCGAUAUUGUGGAAAAACAAGUCGUAGAUAACGCAUCUGCCCAUAACGCGCUGUCUGUGAAGCGUUAUUUGGCCGCUUAAGGCACUCCAGUACUUGAACACGUGUCUUAUUCACCCGACUUGGCACCCUGCGACUUUUACUUGUUUCCGAAGAUAAAGUUUGCCUUAAAAGGAAUCCGGUUUGAGUCGAUGGAAGAGGUGAAACAAAAAUCGGCGGAACUCCUGAAUGGUCUUACGAAAACAGACUUCCAGCAUUACAUCGAGCAAUGGAAGAAACGAAUGAAACGGUGUGUGGCGAGGGGAGGGGAGUAUAUUGAAGAGAAGCAUUUGAAUGUAGAAUAAUUUGUAUAAUAAAACACUUUUUCGAAAUCAGUCUCGUUAUUUAAUAGCUAAACCUCGUAUAUAGAGGCAUUGAUGCAUAUAUUAGACUUAUACAUGUAGAUGAAACAUUUAACAUGAAAACGCGUUCCGAUGACCGAUGGGUAGAGUUGCAUUUCGAGAACAGAAACACGUGAAAUAAUAGAUAUAAUAAUAAACGCAUUUUAAUUUGAUGUCCUUGAAGUGCAAAUUUGCUCUAUCUCAUACUAGGCUUUAAAUCAGCCUAUCUUUAUUGAUCCGUUCGGACCGAUCACGCCCUCUAAGAGCGUUCUCACGGGGGGGGGGGAAUUGGGAAUAGAGGAUGGAUACCCCUAUGCCCUUUUCUUUUGGGUAAUAGACAGUGUUGAAUCCAAAUAUAUGACGGGGGGGGGGGGGGUAACUUAAGCCAUACAAAUUUAAAAUCUUUUCGCUUUAAUUUGAAAAAAAUCAUAUUUUUUGACUGUUUUUUGUUUUUCCCAAUUAUUAUUAUUAUUAUUAUUGUAUAGAAUAAGAAAUGCUAGAUGCAUUCAGUUCUGCAACUGCUCUAUGCAGGUAAUAGUCGCGAUAUGUACGCUUCUGCAAUUUGCCUGAAGUAGACGUCUGUACUCAAUAAAUGAUACCUAAAACGUGGAAUUAGGUUAUUAACUAUUUGUCCAGGCGUAUUGACAAUCAAUAUAUCAAAUUAGUUGAAAGUUAACGGCAUGGAGCGUUGAUCUCUACUUUAAUCGAUGGUUUUAAUUUGUUUAAGUUAUUUAUAGACUUCGGCGGGACACAAUAGAAUUUUACUACAUCUAAAUGUGUAGUAUAGUAGGCACAACAGCUAGGUAUAUAAGAAUAGGGAAUACUAGGUGUAGCAGUUCGCCUUUAAUCCUGUAACUACUUUAUUUGGAGGAGAAUUUAGGUGGGUAUGGUCAGCUAAAUGAGGGAUGAUAAGAUAAGAGUAAAAAAGGAAGGAUGGUAAAAAAUAACGUAUGUGGCGCAUUAUAUAGGCCGUCCAGGAUUUCCACUCUAGUGUCAAUAUUGUCAAGGACACUCACUAGGGGGCCAGGGGGGACAACUUCUGCUAGCUUUCCAGCAAGUUAAAAUAAUUAUAUACAAAUUCAAUAUCUAAAAAUCCCUAAAUUUAUUUUUGGUACCAAGGUGUACUGAUAUUUAUCAAUAUACCUUGUUUAGUACAUAGUCAAUAGGUAUACUUCGUGAUCAUUCCUAUAUGAAUUUCACUAAUUUAUUAUCAUAAUAUAUAAUGAUUUAUGCCCUAUGAUUUGAAGUUGGACAGCUGACUUGCGGUUAUCUAAUGUGUGAGAAUCGUUUAUCCGGAUUAUGUUAUAUUUACAUGGGAAAAAAUCGAAAAACUUAAUUUAACAGAAAAAGUUGUUGAUGAAUUUGAGAAAAAUAAAAGAAUACUGCAAUUUGUGUUCAUUUAGUUACUAAAAGUAUAAAAUUGAAUAUUAUAUUAUAGCGCCUUUAAAUAUUUUUAAAAAUACACAUACAGUAAAACUUCCGUUAACGGUCACCUCUAAAAGACAGUCACCUCUGUGUAACAGUAAUUUGUUUUGAACCCGUCAAGUGUUAUUCCUCAAUAGGAAACCUCUAAAGGAUUGUCACCUCUAAAUAGCGGUCAUUAUUUCCGGUCCCUUCGGUUACCGUUGUAUGGAAGUUUUACUGUAAUACAGAGAUGGCCAAAAGUCGCGCAACGCCUAUCGUUUUGUAUAGAACGCGUUUCUCCCUCCACGUCGUAACAGCAAAGUUUAUAAAAAAAACAAGUAAACGCAGUUUCAUGUUCGUUAUCGUUCGUAACACUGCCAAAAUACAAAUUUGUUGCGCGACUUUUGGCCACCUCUGUACAUUAAUAAAAGUGUUUGAUUGUUAAUAAAAAUUAAGGCUGCCCCUCUCCCUGAAUUUUUACCUCCGGACGCCCUUGAAUAUCGUUUAGCAUGCUGUGUUACGAGUAAUUAAUAUUACCAACUAGAACGGUGGCGUACCCUGACGGUCAAUGUACAUGUAACAUAUGUAAUUAACAGAUACUAAUUAUGUUGCGAAGUAGUAGUAUAAUAUCACACUCCAUAGUUCAUUUCCAAUACUGAAUAUUUAAUAUACUACAGUACACCUGCUGCAUCACAUUUUCAGGUAUGCCAUAAAUUUGGGUAUUUUAAGCUUGAUUCUCACGCACAUAAAAGAGACGAUAGGGUACUUGCAAAUAUAUGUGACUAUAUACAUGUAUGCGUACCCCUGCUAUGGCAUGGUAUAAUUUUAGGUUAAUCAUAUUUAGGCCUAGUUUGGGGCUUACGCACGUUUUACAAGAAGCAUAUGGGCACUUGACAAUAUGACAUACGUCAGUGAAUGUAAAUUCCAAAAAGUAUAUUUAUUUUAUGGUAGUUACUAGGUAAUAUAUAACAGGUAAAAUAUAAUAUAUAUAUACAACAGGUGUAUGGUUUUCGACUGGAUUCAGUUGUAUUUGAAUCAUCUCGUAUACCAUUAUUAAUUUAUAGGUCUGAAAAAAUUACUUAUAGAUGAACUUAUUAAAUUGUGUUAUAUUGUCCUAUUGUCAUAUUAUAUUAUAUUCUAUUUUAGACUGACGGUGAAGAUAAAAGAAAUACUAUUGGAGAUUUAACAAAAACUUUAAAAUGUAAAGAAAAACAGUGUUUUGAUAUUCAGAGUGAAUUUAAUGAAUGCAAAACAGCUAGAGAUCGACAAAAUGAAGUUUUUACAAAUUUAAAAGCAGAAGUGGAAAUCAUAAAUGUAGAACUUGCUGCUACAAAAUCACGCGCUGCAUUUACGGAACUAAAGUUGAAACAAGAAAGAGAUACGUUGUCAAGUGAAGCGGAAGUAAAAUGUCAACAAUUUAAUUUUCUGGAAAUUGAAUAUAAUGAUAUUAAACGUUUAAUUGAUAAAGAAAAAUUAAAAACAAAGGAGUUAGAGAAUUUGAUAGUGAAAUUGAGAAAGGCAAAUGAGAAAAAAAUGUUUGAUAUGAAAAUUAUGACUCAGAAACUGAAAGAAGAAAAUUGCACAAAAGCUGAUAACCUACGUUGCAUGGAAAGUCAAUUAAAAAAACAGCAACAAGCAAACGAAUGUAUGGCGUCAGAGAUCAAAUCUUUGAAAAAUCCAUUACGUACGCACCAAUGUCUAUUAGAAAAGAUGAAACUGUCUGCAGAAGUUGUUGAGAAACAAAAGUAUUUCAUGCGCGAGAAAUUAGAAAGAGAUUUGGACUCUGCGAAGUGCAAUUUACGAGAGAAAAUAAAUAAAAUAGAAGUUCUAGAACGCCAAGCAUGUGAAUUAAAAGAAAAAAUUAAAGAAUUAGAGUCCAAAAAAUGUCCUAAUACUAAUACUAAUUCCUAUGCACCUAGAAUAUCAUGCAAAUCUUGCACACUUAGCCCGCCAUGUGAAACUUACCAGCAAGUCAAAUCUUGUACACCAAGCCCGUCUUGUAAACCGAGUCCGUCUUCACCUUACACUACUCGACCUCCGUGUUCAUCACCUUGUAGUAUACCUCAACUGCCAUGCGAACCUUGCCAGCAAGUCAAAUCUUGUACACUAAGCAUGGCUUGCAAAUCAAGUCCGUCUUCGCCUUGCACUUCUCGGUCUCCUUGCUCAUCACCUUGCAGUAUACCUCGAUCUUCUUGUUCAGCACCCUGUAGUACACUAAGACCUUCCCUAAGUUCGGCCUCUCCGAGUACAUCACGUCACGUAACUAUAAAUUUAUUAGAGAACUAGGUAAUACAACUAUUUAUUAUCGUGGUCCAUAAGAGAUACAUGAAACUGUUGAC